AUGUUAUUUCCACCCAAGAGCCUCUCCUUCUGGCGAGACUAUAUUUGCCAGGAGGCGUGGGAGGUGGAGUAUGUCUUUGAUGCUGUCGUUGCACUCGGAUGCAUGCACAGAGCCACUUUGCUGCUGUCUCUACAGACCGAGAGCGACCGCGAUCAUGGCUUCGACACCAAAGUCAUUGCCAUCCAGAUGUAUUCAAAUGCAUUGAAAGGCGUAUCGGAUAGUUUGGCCAGUACACAAAUCUCGAUGGCUCUUCUCCUAGGGGUGCUGAUCCUCUUUGCAUAUAUCGAGAGCUUUGAUGGAAACGUCCCAGCGACAAUACGUCACAUUCACAUGGCCAACCACUAUUUUCAAGCAAUGUGCUCGAAAAGCACCCGGGAAACAGAGCGGUUUAAGACGCCGAUUGAGUUGUGUCUCCACGACCUGGAUAUCAUCCGCCGUGUGACCUUGCCGGAUCUCAAGGUGAUCCGAAUGAUAUCGCCGCUUUAUAGACCAAAUGAAAGCCAUAACGCUGCGUCGACACCUUUGCAAGGAUGUGUGGAUUUUUCACCGAAAUCUCUCCUACAACAGCUUCUCGAUAUCGGCUCCAUGGACGGCGACAUCAAGCCGUUAAUUUGGUGUCCAGUUGCAGCUCAUCGGAAAUUGAUGCCAGAGGAGAAAAUCGUCGGCUUCAUCAAGAAACUCAAAGAGUGGGAGGCUACUAAUGCAAUUCUAUUCCACAAGCUCGGCGUUGAUGAGGCGCUCUCGGAGCCCGUCAACUUCGACCUUGCAAUUUUGGCCAAAAUCCCUAUCCCCCCGCCGCCGCAUGCAAACUUGCCCAAAGACUUUUGUCUUAUCUUCGCCCUCUAUGUCUUCUACCGAACAAGGCUUUCCUGGGCAUUAAGCAUUUACAAUGAGGGCGAGAGCAACCUCGAGCUCGAUUCCUAUCAUUUCACUUAUCAGCUGUUGCGAUUUGCCACGACAGCCUUGAACAGCCCACUAUCCUCCUCCGAUGAUAUCCCAUUCGGAUGCGAGGCCCUGACAGUAGGACUUUCACCAAUACUCUUUCUGGCUGGGCAGUCCUGCCCAAGGCCUACCUGGCUUCGAUGGAUAUUAUUUGAAUUGGACCGCAGCGGCCGAGAAGGGGUUUGUAACAGCAAAGCCUUUGCUUCAAGCCUAGAGGUCCUGUCUACUCUCGAAAAGCGCGUGGGCCGGGAGCCGAGACGGCCUGACGUGGAAUACUUCACCCCGCCACAUCGGCGUGUCAUUUCUGUCGUUUUCCCAGACUUGGAUGGGCGGGGCUACGUCACAUACUACGCUCAAGCCCGGCCGGGUGAGGGAAUAGAUACACAGGAAUCUCAUACCCCCUUGUGCAUCGCACGCUGGGCAAGUUCUGCCAAUGGCGGUAGACCAGCCGUAACUAACUGUUAUGGGACGGAUGUGCCAUUCAGUGAAUGGGUCAUGGACCAGCCUCUAGUGAAGGAGUGGGCACAAUGGUUAACAUUCUCCGAGUUUGAUCUUAAUCAGACGCUUCAUGAUCACAUCAAUGGAAGUCGUCUUUUACUCGACCGUGAUAGGAUGACUGAUAGUAAGUGGUAA